CUUCUUUGAACACCUGUGGCAUGUCCUCUCCCCGGUGCCUUUCUUGGAUCGCAAAAUAGAAAGGGGCUCCAUCUAGCUCCACUGAAAAUACACGAGAGGACCACUGAGUAAGAAGAGACAUGGCGCGACGAGACAUCUCCCAAGAGCUAAUGUCCCGGUCACUUUCCAAACAGGCUUUCUGUGUUUACGCUUACAUAACAUGAGCCACUGCAAGGAAAACGAAAGUAACUGCGCCCAAGAGGAGAAACGAAACUUAGAGACUAUCAGCUGGGUGGUGAGAUUACGCACGCAAAUGUGUUGCUCAUGCAAAUAAAUGCUGUCCUCGUCUCAACGUGAUGUUUACUGAAUCAAAGCCACUGAUAGGUGGAGGAAUACCUGCUGACUGCACCUGCUGGCUGUGUCACGAGGCGUUGUCCCUUUGGUUGAUGAUUACUUUGAGUCAAGCUCAUUGAAGAAAGUUGAGACAUAACUUUAUCUAGCCUAUAAUACAUGAUGCAUUAAUAAGUAAAUAAUAACAAAAAUGUGCGUAAAUUUAAGUGAAAAUAACGAAGAAUGGUUGUAGACGUAAAAUAAAAACAAAACAUGAUUAUAAAGCUUAUUAUUCUAAGAAAACUGAUCAUUUUCCAAAGCUUGCACAGGGAAUUGUUUCAAUGUUGUCUUUUGAAGCUGCAACAAGCAGGUUUAUUGUGGAAUAUACAAAAGUUGCAAAGUGUUAGAAAUAACGUCCACAAGCAUGCACCUGACUGCCUAUAUUCACUUUCAAUUACUCCUUCCCACCGUAUCUGUGAAAUGAUGCAACCAUAAUUGACCCUUUAUCACUUCGUCUGCAGCAUUACAUUUCAUCCCUGAGUCAUCUACCGGCCACACACCCCACUAAGUUUCGUUUUCGAUGUUUGUAAACAGAAACUCAGCUGCUGAGCUGACUGACUUUCCUUCUCCCUCCCUCCCUCCCUCCUAUCACCACCCCUCUCUAUUUAAGAGGCAUCCGCGUUCACAGAGAGGACAGAGCAGGUGUGAUACGGUCUCAAGAUGCAAUUCUCCUCUGUAGUCUCGUCUCCCAUGCUCCUGCUGCAGCUCUUCAUCCGCUCCUUGCAUUAUUUCCUAGCGAGCAUCUUUUCCAAAGUUUGUAACUGGAGAGCUGGAGCCUGCAAGGGAACAAUCUCUUCUACUCCGCCUGUUCACAGCAAACUGGAUCACAAGGAGGUCCAAUAUGCGACGACUCCAACAAGCGUGAACUAUCAUUUUACACGCAAGUGUAACUACAAAUGUGGAUUUUGCUUCCACACUGCAAAAACCUCCUUCGUUCUGCCUCUAGAGGAAGCCAAGAGAGGCCUGACGCUCCUGAAGGAAGCUGGCAUGGAGAAGAUUAACUUCUCUGGAGGAGAGCCUUUCAUACACGAUAGAGGAGAAUUUCUGGGGAAGAUGGUUCAGUUUUGUAAACAGGACCUUCAACUCCCAAGUGUCAGCAUCGUCAGCAACGGAAGCAUGAUCAAGGAGAAAUGGUUCCAGAAAUAUGGUGACUAUCUGGACAUCCUCGCUAUCUCUUGCGACAGUUUUGAUGAGGAAACCAACCAGCUCAUUGGAAGGACUCAAGGCAAGAAGAGCCACAUCGACAAUCUUUACAAGAUCUGCAGCUGGUGCCAGCAGUACAAGGUGGCGUUCAAGAUCAACUCUGUCAUCAACACCUUCAACGUGGAUGAAGACAUGGCGGAGGCCAUCAGCGGUCUCAACCCAGUGCGCUGGAAGGUGUUCCAGUGUUUGUUGAUUGAUGGGGAAAAUGCAGGAGAGACGGCCCUGAGAGAGGCAGAGAGGUUCGUCAUCAGUGAGCAACAGUUUCAGGAGUUUCUGGAUAGACACAGCAGUGUCUCCUGCCUGGUUCCCGAGUCCAAUGAGAAGAUGAGGAACUCCUACCUGAUCCUGGAUGAAUAUAUGCGUUUUCUUGACUGUCAAGAGGGAAGGAAGGACCCUUCAAAGUCCAUCCUUGAUGUCGGUGUGAAAGAGGCCAUUAGCUUCAGCGGCUUUGAUGAAAAGAUGUUUUUAAAGAGAGGAGGAAAAUAUGUGUGGAGCAAAGCUGAUAUGAAGCUGGAGUGGUGAACGGCUACAGUUAUUUGAUUUACCUUAUUUCAAGUCAUUUGUGCAGUGUUACCAGUUUCUUUGUUUGUGUAUUUAACAUGUUGAACUUGAUUUUCUGCUUAUGGUUGUUAAAAAAUAAGAAAAAAAGAUUUCUCUGUAAAUAUGUUUGCACUUAUUUGUUUUUGUAGAUCACACUUGCACUUGUA